CUCUCCGCGCUCCACUGCCCACCCGGGGAGCUUCUCCGGGGCCUGCGGCUGCCCUGGCACCGCCCGCUGCACUGACCGGCUCGCCCUGCUGCUGAGCGCAGCCCGGCCGGCACCCCAGGCGGCAGCAGCGCAGCCCGCCGGAGCCCCAGCCAUGCCGAGCCCUGCAGCGCUGCACGUGUCCCGUGUGCGGGCUCUGUACCGGCGGAUCCUGCUGCUGCACCGGGCGCUGCCCGUGGCGCUGAAGGCGCUGGGCGAUGAGUACGUGAAGGAGGAGUUCCGGAGGCACCGCUCGGUUGGGCCUGCUGAUGCCCAGCGCUUCCUGCGGGAAUGGGAGAUCUAUGCAGAAAUGCUGCGGCAGCAAGCUAACGAAGACAGGCAAAACUCACGAAUAAAGACUUGCUUUGGAACCCCCCUCACAGAGGAGAAACUUAAUGACUUCCAUAAUGAACAGAUUGGACAGCUGCUGGAAUUGAUGCAAGAAGCCACUAAAUCUAAUAAGCAAUUUAAUAUUUCUGAUGAUUCUGAAUACAAGAACUAGAUUGUUAAAUGCACUUAAAAAGCAUUUUAUAGAGCUUCCUUUUUCAAUUUGAGUAGAACACUAUAAUGAAGAAUAAUGAAAGCUGAUGUGGUAAAUUGUGUGUUUUAACCUGAUGUAUCUGUUUCCUUAUGCAGUGAUGUUAGAAUUACUUUAUGGUCCCAGGUUAUGUAAACAAUAACAAACACUUGUACUUUGCAUUUUAGAAAAUGUGCUUUAUUUUAAGAAUUUGGUAAUUGUCAUGUUUUCAAAUGGAAAGUUUUAUGCUAGAAUUGGAUUUAAGCACCUGGUAGGUCUUGAUUUCAAGCCAAGUCAUUAUUUGUAUAUCAUCCACUUCUUCCUCUAAUAAUGGAAAGGAUGCAAUCAACAGUAAUUUUCUGAUGGGGAUUCAGCAACUACUGUACAAAGAAGGAAUGUGUGCUACUGAUUUAGGUUUAUUGCAUAGAAGUAAACCAUGUUUACAAGGA